AUGGGUAGCAAAACCAGCAUUAUAACCAACGAGCAGCUUGAAGAAUACGUUGAGCUAACGUAUUUGAACAAGUCAGAAAUAAUAUACAUUUUGCAGAAAUGUCUCGCUCUAGACGGAGCACGGGAUUUUUCCUUUACGAAACGGUUCCCCGAGCCAGAUGUGGUCGAUUUGUUUCCACAAUUAAAGCACAAUCCUUUUCGCGAUCGCUUGUUGUAUGUGUUUUCUUCGGAAAACGAUGAUCGAUUUUCCUUCGAAGAUCUCCUUGAUUUGUUCAGCGUACUUUCCGACAAAUGUCCUCUAGCGGUUAAAGCAACGUGGGCAUUUCAACUCUACGAUUUUGAUAACGAUAAUUUAAUAACAAAAGAGGACAUUCUGAUGCUGUGCGACCGGUUAACGAAGCACGAAUCACUUGAAGACAAUGAAAAACAGAAUAUCGCGGAUUUGCUUCUUAAGGAAAUAGAUCUUCAAAAUAAUGGUAAUAUAGCAGAGAUAGAGUUUGUGCACGCUAUGAGCAAAAUGCCGGAAUUCCAUCAAACAUUUUCGUGUCGUAUCUGAGAGAAACAUAAAAUUGCGAAAAAGGCUGGUUAAUAUUAAAAUAAAACUUGUAUAAAAAUUACAGUUAAAACUGUGAAGUAAAUA